AGGAGUUCUCUAUAGGAAUUUAGCGCCAGCCAGUGAAGUUAAAGCUGAAGCUUGAUGGUGUUGAUUUGCAGAGAGUAUCUCCAUCGUCAUCAUCAUCAUCAUCAUCGUUUGGUAGUUGUAUGAUUUUGAAAAAUAAAAGCAAAGAAAAUAAUAAACAAUAAAAAAAGGCAACUGGAACAGGAUUGUCCGGUUUCAUCUCUCUCAACGAGCUAUACAUACAAACGUACAUGUAACUAGAAGAUACAUUUUCACUAUAAAAACCAGAAUAGGUCCAUAAUACAUACAUUCACAAAGAUUCACUCAUAUGGACUAACUUUGUGUAAUAAAACAAGAAAUACACAAAAAAAAAACGUCAUAAAAACCAUUCUUGGACUCUUGGAAGCUCUUAAUUUGUUGAAGUAGUGAAUUUUUUUUUGUUGUACCGGAAAAUCGAGGAAUAUAAAGAUUGAGAUUUUUUAAUUCAACUCUCGCUACUUUGUGUGGAGAGUUCGUUGUUCGUUUAUAUAGAAAGGGAAAAGUUGCACACACAAAUGUUGCACCCAAUUACAACAUAACUAAAAUUCCAUCAACAAGAAAUUGAAAAGAAAAAAAAAAUGUUCUUUGAUGUUGUAUGUAUGACUCUUGUUAAAAAUAAUUAAACCAUUUUUGAGCAAAUUAAAAGGAUUGGCUUUGGAGAAAAUUUGAGUUAAAAACCUAGAAAUUUGAAGAAUUAUAUUCAGUGAAGGAAAAAAAAAAUGGAUACAGUUUAUGGAACGAAGAAGUAUUUUCAAAGCUUAUCAGCUGGAAGUGAUAUUUAUAGAUCGUCAGCUUGCAGAGCCAUGACAAACGAUUAUUCCUAUCAAAAUACCCUCGGAAGACGUUCGACUCUUGGUGCCUACUAUCACAUGAACAAGCAGCCUUCAUUCACAAAUGAACACAGUCUGGGUAGUCAAUAUGGAGGAAAUGCUUACAGCACAUGGGGCAUGUGGAGAGAUGGCAGAAAUAUAGCUCCAUCAACUUUCUCAGCAAAACCACACCAUCCACAUACAAAAACUAAGUCUUUUUCGAUAAUUCUAUCGACAGCAGCAUUUAUAGUUUUGUUAGCGGUAAUAUCAAUUGCAGGAUUAGCCUUUUAUUUUAGUUCGAUAAAGUCCAAUAUGGAAGAUACUGUUAUUGGAUUUGAAGGAUCAUUUCGUAUCGCGAAAGGAGAUCUAUUCACAACGGGCCUCAAAUACAAUCAUACAACAACUUAUAAGCAGAAAGUUGAAUAUUAUAAACGAUUUGUCGAAAGGAGUUUGACAGAUAAUGCUCUUCAGCCGAUACGAGUUGAUGUUGCUGGAUUUGGUGAUGGACCGUUGAUAAAAGUCAGCUUUAGGACUUAUCUUGAUGUGAGGAAGUUACCACAAAACAUCCAUAGUGUCGAAGAAUAUAUAAAAGAGUCUCUAUUUUUGGAAACAACUGCUCUGAAGUCUCUCUAUCGAUCUUUGAGAAUUGAUCCGGAAUCUGUCGAAGUGAAGAGAAUACUUGACGAACAACUUGUCAAGUCUGCAUCACUCUCAAGGGAUACGCAAAUGACUCCAACAAGUCAAACACAGUUGGAGAAGAGGCUUUUAAAGAAAGGUGGUUUCUUGGAGAAACCAACUUUGAAAACUCUACCAAAUUCUUCUCCAAAAACCAAACUCUCCAAGCCACAUAGUGCAGAUGAUGAGCCUGAUGUUGAUGUCGAAAAUGCCCCAGUUAUCCAGGGAUCGUUUGAAGGUUCUUUUGAAAUCACAAAAACCGAUGCUGAUAUCACACAGAAGAAAGCUUCUCCAACUAAGGCUUACAGCAAUACACCGAAAUCAGUGACUCCGUUUCCAUUAAGGGUGAAGCCUAAGAAACCUUCAGUGGAAAAAGUCUCAGCAAAGACAACAAGAGCUGAAGAUCCAACAACAACAACGAGCACGAAAUCGACUUCAACAAAAACCACGACUACAACUUCGACGACAACAACAACUACAACCACAACUCCGGAACCAACAACAACAACAACAACAACAUCAACAACUCCAUCCACAACAACAACGACAACAACUACAACAACUCCACCUCCUCCAACUUAUUCCCAAACUAACAGUCCUCCGACAACAACUAUAGAAGUUCCAAAACUCGAUGCAAGCUUAUUCACUUCGCAACCAGUUCUUGACACUCAACCUUGGAGACCAAUCCGAGGUCCAGGUUCUGAGAUAUUUGAGCCUCUUGCUACCCAAACUGAAACCAUCAUAAGUAUCACGACUCCAUAUGAACCGGUCAGACCUCCGCCAAUGAUUCAAGCUCCAGCUUCGUAUGACCCUUAUCCAUCGGGUUUCUUCAGUAAGCCGAACUUCAAUAAGCCCGAAAACCGUGAAGAUACUAAUGCUCAAGACUUGGUUUAUUACCAUGGAUAUAGCGGACCAGUUUUUAUGCCAGGUAUUGAUGGAAUUGAGCCUCUAGGUUCAGCUCAUGUUAAGCCUCAUCCAUUGCCAAAUCCAUUGAUAGACGAUGUUGUAAUACCAGCCUUCAAACCUCUGAAUCCAACUCUUGGAACAAAUGGUAAAAUUCCGUUUGCUAUUGAAGCUGGUGAUGAGAAGUUUGAACAUUUAGGAGGUGGAGUUAUUGUGAAGAAACAUGAUAAUGAGUCUUCAACAACAAUAUCAACUUCUACAUCAACCACAGCUUCAACAACAUCUUCAACUUCAACAACAACCUCGGUUCCAACAAGUUCGAUCAAACCGAAAAAUAGUUCGAAGGACUCGGAAAUAACUCACCAAAUUGGUGAAUUCUUAAUGGACUUGCUUAAUCUUCCCGAUGACGAUGAGAAGAACACGACUGAUUUGGUAGAAUUGAAACUGGAGUCUCGUAUUGAACCUGAUUCCGAAGAGAAGCCGAAUUUCAUGAAUCUCAAAGAAAUCAUAUUACAAAGAAAUCGAGGUAGCACAACUACUUCGGCCGAAUCUUCUCCAUCUUCAACAACAAGUACAACAACAACAAAAUCACCUGGAACGAAACGAAAUCGAAUUCGCCCAUCAAGACCAUCGUCGAAACCUUCCGGAACAAUGGAUGAUUCGGUACUCUUUCCAAGUCAGUCGAAAUGGGAAUUUGUAAAUGGCAGUUCUCCAAAUACUUAUGGCCACACUGGAUCCAUGAGAAGAGUCUUCAAUAAGACCCUACAAGCUUGGGUCUCUGAAGAUGUUGAAAAAGCUGAAAAUUUCACUCUAAACGAUAUCAAAACUCGAAUUAACAAUGCUACAAAUAUUCAAGAUAUUUCACUGAUUUUCGACACCCUUGCUUCGAAAUUAGGAAUCACCCAUAGCAUGCCAACGAAAAUUCCACCAUUUUCUCAUAAUAAGUUGAAGAUUUCUCAGAGGAACGAAACGAAAAUAAAACUCAUCACCACGACUAUGAUGCCCACAACUACAACAACUACACCAACAAUGCCGACUACGACUAUGAUUUCGACUACGACAACACCAGCUUACAUCGAGUAUUCUCAAGUUCAAAUGAAAGAAGCAAUUGUACCGACUUUUAGACCUUUGAAUCCAAUACUUCCUGAUGUCAAUGAAGGUGAAGCUGAAGUCGAAGUAAUAGACCCAAAUAAGUACGAAGAAAUGUUAAAAUCCUCUCAAGUUCCACUUCUAUCAGCGGCCAGUACAACAGAACUUCCCAAACUUGUAACACUUCUGCCGGUUCGAUCGAACUCUGGAAUUCGAACAUUUCGACCGUUGAUAGAUUCACAGGCUGAGGGUCGACGAUUUACAACACCAUCAGAGGCGGUAGUUAAAAGUGGUAUACAUGUAACUGUUUAAGGGAAGAGAAAUUAUAGUUUAGUAGGUAUCUAAAAUUUUGUGAGACACAUGAAACUUUUGUCCAUUUUGUUCCGAGGUUUUGGGACUAUUUUAUAAGUUUUUUUUAUUAACCUUGGAUCGACUUGGGACAAAAUAGUUUAAAAAUUAAGAUUGAAAUUAAGAGCAUUAAA